UGUCAAACUUGCCUUGUUGUAUAUUCUACAUAUGGUUUUGUUGGGCAAUGAUCGACGAAAGAAGGUGUCCAUGGAGUACUUACAGUUAGUUGAUCAUUUGGACGGGUUUAAUUCUUACCCGUGGGGCGUCGCUGUAUGGCAGAUGACAUACGAUAUUGGUUCACAGGAGGAGGACUUCCAGGAGGACGAUUUUGAGGUCAUCCCUAUUGAGUCCGCCGAGGGAGCACGCGUGGUGGAGAUGACCGUGAUUCAGGAUUAUCCAGCUAAACCUCCUCCCGCAUACUUGGAAAAGAUGGUUCGUACAGCACGUGGCCGGAUCAUCCGAAAGGGUCCCCUGGUUCGCACCCCAUAUACGAAUCCACUCAAAGGGAGGGCGAAACGGCAACCUACGACCAUUCCAUCCUCUGCCUCUGAGCGUGAGGAAUCUUUCCUCACGUGGUACACCAGAGCUGCAGCUUCCGACUCACAUGAUGUCUACUUCAUCGGGUCGAAGUCGAAGGCCAGCUUCUGGAGGCUUGUUGUAGAGUUGCGCGAGUGGUUGACUGACGAUGUGAGUUGCCUAUAAUUUCAUAAAAAGCUAGAUAUAUUUAUUACUAACUAACA